AUGAUUGUUGGUGAGGGAUUGAUCUGCCUCCUCCAGCCCUUUGUUUGGCCCCACGUCUACGCCCCCGUGUUGCCGGCCACACUGACGCACUUUCUCGACGCGCCUGUUCCCUACAUAAUGGGAAUGCGUCAUCAACUGACUCCACAAACAGGAGCACAAACUCCAAGCACCACCCCCAGGGGCUCCUUGGCCUCCUUGCAAUCCUUCGCCAAUUUUGGUUUGGCUAGUGAGACAAAUGUUUGCUACUUGGAUAUAGACAGCGGACGGGUUCAUUCGACAGAUGUGGACCUGCCGCCAUUCCCCAAUGCUGUGGAACUCCAACACAACAUCGAGUCAAUUCUUGCAGUCUAUCAACGUCAUUGUCACUUCUCUUCGCCUUCUUCAAGAAGCGCUGCUCCACGAAGUUCUAGUAAGUCUCGAAUUUCCGCCAUCCUUGUCCACAUCGGUCUCAAUGCUGAUCACCGAUUCGGCAAAACUGCGUGCUUUAUUUAUCCCUCUCUACUCUCUAGAGGCCCUCGUGGUAGUGGUGUUGGCACCAACACUCCGCCUAAUCUCGAUAACACAGAAGCACCGCCAACAGGCUCUGUUCCAGUUAUAAAGCGCCCAUUGCUGGAUCUCAAUCCGCCAGUUAUGCAGAGGUCCGCUUCCUCUCGACUCAUUGAACAAAUUGCUGCGACUUCAAUUGAGCCAGAAAGGCCCCAGUUGCAUCAUUCAGCUACGGAUAGCUCCUUCUCUUCCCACACGAAAACGCCCGAAAAGCCGAGAAGCAGCGAAGCGUAUCCUUCAAAGCAGUACUUCUCCACUAUGCAUGAAAUUGCCGCCAGCAUGACUGCGAAAAAGGAGCUGACUGAGUACUCAGAUCUGCUGAAAUUCAACUACGCUAUUCGCGAGGUGUUUAUCAAUCAUUUGGCGGAAAUUUUUGUUGACUUUGAGACUUUUAUCGUGUUGGGAGCGAAUAGCAGUGAAAAUCCUGAAGGAAAUACUGCCGCCGCUACUGCUACCAAUGCACACAAUAACUCGGGUCUUCAAGCGUUUGAUAAAGUUGGCUUUCUCUCAGACUGCCCCGAAACGCAUAUGGCGUUUCUCAGUCCAUUCUUGGAAACCCAGAUGUUCGCCACGUUUUUGGAUACCAAUUUGACCACUCUUUCGGCCAAUCAGGUUCGUCGGUGCAGCAAAUGCGGUGCGCCUCCAUCUAACCCCUCAAGCACGACAAUGUCCAUCCAAACGAGUCCCUCCACCACGAUAGUGUCCGCCUUUUUGUCGCGUAUUCGCGCUCUCAAGGCGCAAGCCCUCGCCGCCGAGAAACCCCAACGUCCGGCCACUGAUCGGUUGUCAAGGAAGUUCCUCCCACCCUCCACAACUCAUACGCCUGUGGUUGAUAGCAGAGCAAGGCGAAGAGAUCCCACUUGCGCCGGUAUACCAAAAUCGCCUUUCGAUUGUAUUCAGUAUUGCAAAGGACCUGCACCCCAUCCACUCUUCUCAAAGAUUAAACCAACUUUCAUAGGUCUCACAACUUCGCCGCAGCAUGGUCAGUUUCGUCUUCUCGAUGGAAGCCUCCUAAGCAAAGCGCCAGCCAAUCGACAGUGUGGAAGUGAAUCUCCUCCUCCUCAACAUCCUCCCCCAUCGGCGGUCGGUGUUUCAGUACCCUCACCUCUCCUCUCGGACGCCGAAUUGAUAGGUCCUUCAAGCAAAGAGGAGUCACCGGUGCUAUUCCAAAUUGUUUACUGUCGAGAACCCCGUUUGUAA